UGUGCUCUGCUUGGUGCUAAGCGUAUCGCAGCAAGAAAACCCUGUCCCUAUUGUCAAGGAUCUUAUGUACUAGUGAGAAGGAUGUGAAAGUUCAUGCACAUUAACAGGUAGCUGUAAUAUGGUGUGAUAAGUACUGUCAUAAUGAUAAACGUGGUCUACAUGGGGAAACAGUGGAGAGGCAUGCAACUCAUGAGACAAGAUUGGUCAAGGAAGCCUCUAGCUGCUUUUAAGUUGAGACAAGAAGGGCAAUGGGAGUUAUCAGAUAAAGGAAAUGAGAAGGAGCUUAAUGGGUUUAUGAGUCUAAAGAUAGAGUACUAUGGCUGAAGCAUAGUUUAUGAGUGCUGUGGUAUGGCAAGGAAGAUGGGAGAAGAAGAUGGAGAAAGAAAAAGGAGGGAAGAGACUUGGUGAGACACGAGCCUCCACAGGUUAGUAGGAGUUCAGAUCAUGCCUAUCAUGCUCAGGAAUUCAUAUUUUAUUUGGAGUACAGUGGAGAUGCAUUGAAGGGUAAGUGGCCAGUGACACAAUCUGAUUUGUAUUUCAGAAAGAUUAGUCUUCCUGCUGUAUGCUGCAUACAUUUGAGAGAAAUAUUGGAGAUAGACCUGUUAGAGGACAUUUAUAAUGAUCUGCAAGAGGUGAACUAAGGCCAUGGCAAUAGGAGUGGAACAAAUUAAAGAAUUCAGUAGAUACUGAAGAAUCAAGAGCUAUAGUAUUGGGCAAGAAGAGAAAGUCAGGCAAUUUUCUGGCCUGAGCAACUCUGUAUCUGUGAUCUCAUUCACUGAUAUUUGAAUAAAAAACAGGAACAAGUUUAUGGGGCAUGUAAGAAGACGAUGAGUUCAUCUUUGGAUAAAGUGAGUUUGAAGUACCUGUGAGUCAACAAAGGUGACAUGUCUAGUAGGUAGUUAUUUAGAUGGAUUUGAUCUUUGGAGAGAGCUCUAACUGGACAUACAGAUUUGGCAGUCAGAUCUAUCGAUUAUGGUUAAACAGUGAGAACGAAGGAGCUUGCUUAGAAUAUCCAGAGUACGCUCUGACAAACAGGAGCUUGUGAGAUAUGAGUAUGUGUUUUGUGUCUGUGGUGGGGUCUCCAUGAAAGAAACUAAACACAGUGAACAAACAAGUAGAAAGAACACUGGGAAUCUGUAGUUUCAAGGGACAGAAGGCAAUAAGAAUUUUAAGAAAGAUGGCAUCAACAACCAACAGUGAAAAAGAAGAUCAAGGAAGAUAAAGAAUGGAAAGUAUCUAUCUCUUGGAUUCUGUCAGAGGAGCUUUGUUGAGAGUACUUCAAAGAUAUGCUGAGACUGAAAAGCAGAUCUCUAGGGAUUCAGGCAGAAAAAAUGUCAAAGAUUGGGAGUUUUGAAGGAUUCCAGCCUGUGUCUCUGAAGCAAGAGGGAGAUGACCAACCCUCUGAGACUGACCAACUGUCCACGGAGGAGGGGGACCCAGGCAAGGACCCAGAGCCAAGCCGUAUUUCAAGGCAGCCAAGUGUGACUGAAUCAACACUGUACCCCAAUCCUUAUCACCAGCCUUAUGUCUCACGGAAGUACUUCGUUACACGGCCAGGGGCCAUUGAGACUGCCAUGGAAGACUUGAAAGGCCACAUGGCAAAGACUCCUGGAGAGACAAUUCAAGGCUUCUGGCUCUUGACAGAGAUAGAUCAUUGGAACAAUGAGAAGGAGAGGAUUUUGCUGGUCACAGACAAGACUCUCUUGAUCUGCAAAUACGACUUCAUCAUGCUCAGCUGUGUGCAGUUGCAGCGGAUUCCCCUGAGCGCUGUCUAUCGCAUCUGCCUGGGCAAGUUUGUCUUCCCUGGGAUGUCACUGGACAAGAGACAAGGAGAAGGCCUUAGGAUCUACUGGGGGAGUCUGGAACAGCAGUCCCUCUUAUCUCGCUGGAACCCGUGGUCCACUGAGGUGCCUUAUGCGACCUUCACUGAGCACCCUAUGAAGUACACCAGUGAGAAGUUCCUCGAAAUUUGUAAGUUGUCUGGGUUCACGCCUAAACUUGUUGCAGCUAUCCAGAAUGCCCACAAGAAUUCCACUGGAUCUGGAAGAAGAAAGGGACUGAUGGUGUUAACUGAACCCAUUUUGAUUGAAACCUACAUGGGGCUGAUGUCAUUCAUUGGAAACCGCAACAAACUCGGCUAUUCCCUUGCCCGUGGGAGUAUUGGUUUUUGAGACUCCUUCUGGCAUUAUAAGUAUGCCAUCCACUGAUCUACCUUCAUUGAAGAUUCUGUUUCAGACCACCAUAUAUUUGGACUGACUUAGUUCCUUUUAAAUACUAUUACAUGGUAUUGAACACUUAGUACCUUAGGAAAUCUAUAAUCUUGAUUAGACUGAUAGAUGCACACUUCAGACCUCAUAUAAGAACAAUCAAAUUUCCUAACCAGAAAAUAAAUGCUCUUAAGCUUA